AUGCCGGGUCCCUGAGGUGAAAGGUUGCUACGGCGAGCAUCAAUGACCAAUAGAAAUAAGGGGGGAAAGCGACGACUUGUUUCAAGUACAGCGUUGCACAGAGGACCAUUACAUUUCAAGUUCACUUUCUUCAAAGCAGCUGUCUGGUGUUGUAUAGAGUCGCCGGCACGUGUCCACCUCACCCAGCCGGUAAACAGAGUGUGUGGAAUGCUGUGGAGAAGGAGGGAUGGCCGGAGCAUUGCGCGAUGCUCGCUGCUCUUGGUCACUGCUCUGCUGUUCGCCCACGCACACGAGUCAGAUCCGCAUGGCCACCCGGACGUAGCGGAAGGUCACCGGCCGAACAUGCGUCUAGACAAGAACAUGGUUCAGGACAAGGAGCACAUCAUGGAGCAUUUGGAUGGAGUAAUCGAUAAGCCGGAGUCAGACAUGUCCCCCCAAGAGCUGCAGCUGCACUACUUCAAAAUGCACGACUAUGACGGCAACAACCUGCUGGACGGGCUUGAGCUUGCUACCGCCAUCACGCAUGUGCACAAAGAGGAGAGGGGAGAGGACAGUCAACCAAUGAGAGAGGAAGACCUCAUAAAUUUGAUUGACGAUAUCUUGAGAGACGAUGACAAAAACAACGAUGGGUACAUCGAUUAUGCAGAAUUUGCCAAAUCUCUCGAGUAAAGGAAUGGGGUAUUGAGAAACUGUGAAAUGUGCUACAAGGGUGAACAUAGUCACCUUCCUCUUUAAAAAAAACUGCUAGAAAGAAGCAGCCUUUAAUUUGCCUGAGCUAGUGAAAGUAUUUUGGACUGAGUUGGCACUAGCUCAGCUGUACCAGCAUAAGUGGUUAAUUUCAGUUCAAAUGUAGAAACUGCCGAAAAUGUCUGCUGUAUGCAAUAAAAUCAUGAUAGUAAUGUCCCUGUAGGUCAGUGCCAGUGUUGCUAUUUAAUGAAGAGUUUAUUUGCAAUAACUAAUCUGGAGAUUGUUGCAUCAGAUGUCCAUCAUUGUGGCAUUUCUCACAAUGAGUUAAAUCAUUGGUGUAGGGGUAACGAUGUAAUCAGGAUAAACGUUUCCACACACACACCCCUCCCAUCUAAAGUCAAGGCAUUGCCAUUGUUUGCUUGUGUUAAAGCGAUGGCAACCAAGACAUGCAUAAAGUAAAGUGUCCAGUGUGGAUAAAAUGGCCAGCUUCACUUCCCGAUUGCUUAGGUAGGGAUGGAAGCUACAAGGUCAGGGCUGCUGCAGGGUUUCCAAAGGUUUCCUGCAGGAGGAAGGUACCCAGAUGUGCAUCUCACACCUGGUCCUGCAGUGUCAGCUGGACACCUGUGGCAGACAUGUUUUCAGGUUUUUCUUUUGUAUGAUGGCCAGGGAUAUAGGUGAGUCACAGAAGAAUCAUGAAUUGUACAGCAGCAGCAGUAGUGUGACAUUUUGUAUUCACUGUCCGAAUAUAGGUGUGAAAUUGUAAUGUAAAACAUGACAUGUGCAUGGUCCUUCUGUGGCCUCCUUACCUGGCUGGGUGGACCAAGGUGGAGGUUCAGUGAACAAGCCAAACAAGUGAUCACUGGCAUCUGGCACCAUGUGAAAGGCUCUGAGCUGCAACUGACUGAAGCUUUCCUACAUUAAGUAAUUGAAUGUCAAACAGGAAUGUUCUCUUUGUGCGUUUAUAGUUUCUGACUGGAUUAACCUGAGCACCAUUAAUAAAUGCAGAAAACCUAAAUCAGAAUCCUAUCGAUGUACAUGUUGGCUGCUUUCGUUUCAGUGAUGUUAAAUGUACAAUGUAGUACCAAACAUGAACUACUGUAGUUGUGAAAUGGCUACAUAUCACUAUAAAGCAGUUCAGGGUCUGUGCAAUAAGGCCACAUUAAUUCUGUUCAGUCCAUUUGUAAAGUGAAUUGUUUUCUAAAGAAAAACCAAAACUCUUUAUAACAAAUAUUCUAUUUUCAAAUAGUGUCAUUAAUUGUUUUGUGAUACCUGUGUGUUGAAAAGCAAAUGCCUCUUUGUAUGACUUCAGAUACUGUGACAUUAGUUAAGUGAAGCAACAGUGUUUUAUGUCUAAUUUACAGCCAAAAUAAAAUAGACGCAUAACACAAA